AUGAACACUCUGUUACUCGCCUUCCUCCUCUGCCUCCUCCCCUGUUUUUCAUCGAAAGACACCAUAAGUUUCGACGAAUCUGUUGCAGACGGUCAGGUGAUCGUCUCCAGCGGAGAAAAAUUCAGUCUUGGGUUCUUCAGCCCUGGGGCUUCGAGCAAGCGCUAUCUGGGAAUUUGGUACACCAAAGUUCCAGUUCAAACCGUUGUUUGGGUGGCAAACAGAGACAAUCCGAUCAACGACACUUCCGGAGUGCUCUCGUUCGACAAUUUUGGGCGCAAUCUCGUCCUCUGGUGCUGCGCAGGAAUGAAUGUAACCAGUUCGACUAGUACUACUCUGUGGUCGACGAAUAUCCCUGCUUCUUCGUCAUCAGGCGCAGGUGGCAAGUCAAUGGCUCGUUUAUUGGACGCUGGAAAUCUUGUCCUUCUGCUUCAAAAAGAACCCACAAAGACGACUUCGGAUGAAAGUAAUCUGGUGCGGUGGCAGAGUUUUGAUCAUCCGACGGACUCUGUGCUUCCAUAUAUGAAGAUAGAGUCGGACCAGAAAACCGGAAUGGAUAGGAUACUUCAUGCCUGGAAGUCCCCUGACGACCCUGCAUCAGGGGACUCGUCCUAUUACUUGGACCCGAACGGGGUGCCUCAGUUCAUGUUAUACAAAGGUCGAACUAGAAUAUGGCGGAGUGGCAUGUGGAAUGGCCUGCAAUGGAGCGGAGUUCCGACCAUGCGUGGUGUAAUUUUCGAUAUGAAUGUUGUCAACAAUGAAAAUGAGUCAACUGUCGUUUGGGGAGUCAUGGAUCCCACCAUCACAUUUAGGAUAUACGUGCACCCGUCAGGAAACAUGAGGUGGGCCGCGUGGAAUGAUCAGCAGGGUAAGUGGUUCGAGUCAUUUUACAUGCCCAAUGAACCGUGCGACUACUACAGACAUUGUGGACCUAACGGGAACUGUGACCCUUAUAGAGAUCCAGGGGAGUUUGAGUGCAGUUGCAUUCCUGGAUUCAAGCCCAAGAUCUCGACGGACUGGUUAAUGAAUGAUGGCUCUAGUGGGUGUGUGAGGAAGCGGCCCAUGAAUUCGAAUUGUGGGAAUGGAGAAGGGUUUGUAAAAUUGGAAAAUGCUAAAGUUCCUGAUACCACGACCGGACGAUUAAAUCCUGGUAUGGAUUUGAGCACGUGCAGACAAGAGUGCUUGAAGAACUGUUCGUGUACCGCUUACUUAAGUUCUAACUUGACCAGUGGGAUUGGUUGCGUGACACUAUAUGGAGAUUUGCUAGAUACGAGAGUAUUCGCUAAUGGUGGUCAAGAUUUGUACAUACGUGUCGACGCCAUCGAGCUAGGAAUCUAA